CCUCCCUUCAUGAGCACUGGUCAGGAAACAGAACACACGAAGCAGCUCUGUCCUUUCAAUACAUGUCGUUAUCAAAAUGAAUAAAAUACUUUUGUUGCUCCUCUUGUGUCAAGUUUCAUGUUCAGUGAAACACUCUUUGAAAGUUUUCUUCACUGCAUCUUCUGGAGUAUCAAACCUCCCUGAAGUUGUGGUUGUUGUGCUGAUAAAUGACGUUCAGACGGCGUACUGUGACAGCCAAAUCAAGACAGUCAUACCCAAACAGGACUGGAUGGCAAAAUUAAGAGAUGGGGAGCCAGAGUACUGGAAGUGGUACACGGGGGAUUGUGCAGUGCAUCCGCAGCUCUUCAGAGAUGAAUUCCACAAUUUGAAGAAGCGCUUAAACCAAACUGGAGGUGUCCAGAUUUUACAAAGACUGACUGGCUGUGAGUGGGAUGAGGAGACUGGAGACAUCAGCGGUUUUCAUCAAUAUGGUUAUAAUGGAGAAGACUUCCUAGUAUUUAAUCUGGAGACACAAACAUGGAUUGCCCCCAAACCUCAGUCUGUCAUCACCAAACACAUGUGGGACACGGACAUUGCUACAGGUUUCUACCCUGACAGAGCCAUGAUGUUCUGGAGGAAAGAUGGAGAGGAGAUUCAUGAGGACGUGGACUAUAGUGAGAUCCUUCCCAACCACGAUGAUACCUUCCAGAUGAGCGCUGACCUGAACCUUUCAUCAGUCACACCUGAAGACUGGAGGAGGUAUGACUGUGUGUUUCACCUCUCUGGUGUAGAGGAUGACAUCGUCACCAGACUGUACAAAGCAGAGAUCAGGACCAACUGGGUCAUGAUCUUCUUUUACAGGAAGCCUUCUGACAUUCCCAUUAUUGCUUCGUUAGUUGUUCUUUUCAUCCUCAUGGCUGCUGCUGGAUUCAUCACUUACAAAAAGAGAAAAAGUGAG